AUGGCGGCUCGUCAACGUACCACGACCGCGGUGGUCGAGAAGCCCCAGCAGAAGACCUCUGAGCCUGAGUACCCUGAUAUCCAGACCAUCAGGGACACCAUUCCCGCUCACUGCUUUGAGCCUUCGCUGUGGACAUCCUUCUACUAUGUCUUCCGUGACUACUCCAUGGUGGCCGCCCUCGUCUGGGCUGCUCUCACCUACAUCCCCGCCAUCCAGGACCCCAUCGUCCGCGGUGCCGCCUGGAUGAUCUACGGCUUCGUUCAGGGCCUCGUUUGCACUGGUGUCUGGAUUUUGGGUCACGAGUGCGGCCAUGGUGCCUUCUCCAAGAACCAGAAGCUGAACGACGUGGUCGGCUGGGUGCUCCACUCCUCCCUCAUGGUCCCCUACUUCUCUUGGAAGUUCUCUCACCACCGUCACCACCGCUUCACCGGUCACAUGCAAAAGGACAUGGCCUUUGUCCCCGCCACUCAGCCCAAGGCCUCCAAGAAGCCCCUGUUCGGUGCCAUCGACCUCCACGAGCUCUUCGAGGACACCCCCAUCCUCCAGCUCAUGAACCUCCUUGGCCACCAGCUGUUCGGAUGGCAGAUGUACCUCUUCUUCAACGCCACUGCCGGCAAGGGCAGCAAGCAGCGUGAGGUCAGCGCUCUUGGACGCUGGAUCAACGUCAGCCACUUCGACCCCUUCAGCGCCGUCUUCCGUCCCAAUGAGGCUAUCUUCAUUGCCAUCUCCGACCUUGGCCUGGCCAUCACCCUCUCCAUCCUCUACAAGGCCGCCCAGAUCCUGGACGUCUCCACUGUUCUCCUCCUUUACGCCGUCCCGUACUUCUGGGUCCACCACUGGCUCGUUGCUAUCACCUACCUCCACCACAACCACCCUGACGUCUACCACUACAACGAGGACGGCUGGACUUUCGUCAAGGGUGCCCUGGCCACCAUUGACCGCGACUUCGGAUUCGUUGGCAAGCACCUCUUCCACGGUAUUAUCGAGAAGCACGUCGUUCACCACCUCUUCCCUCGCAUUCCCUUCUACAAGGCCGAUGAGGCCACUGAGGCCAUCAAGCCCCUCCUCGGCGACCUGUACCACUCCGAUGAGCGCAGCUUCCUGGGCCAGCUCUGGUCUGUCUUCGGCACUCUCAAGUAUGUCGAGAACGACCCGACCUGCCCUGGCCGCAUGAGAUGGGCCAAAUAG